AUGACGUUCUCGGUACCUCCGAAUGUUCUAUAUAUGUUAUUCUGUUUUGUGUUGAUGGAUCUCAUCAAUACUAUCACCGUACUAAUAUUUCCAACAUUAGCAGCUACAAUAAAUGAAAUGAAUAACCACACACUAAAAUCUCAUUAUGGAAUUCAGCCUACAGAUGCAAAUAUUGCUAUUUUGAAUUCUAUGAUAACAACAUCUGCUACAGUAGGAAUGGUGUUUUCUUUAUUUUUCAUCAUGCCGAUAGCAGAAACCAAGGGAAGAAAAUUAGCUGUUACAUACUUUCGCUUCAUUAUAACAUUGGUUUGUUCAUUCUGCCAACUUCUCUCAGCUUUGACCCAAGCAACAGAGCUAUUCAUUCUUGGUCAGAUUCUAAAUGGUCUUCAGAUCCCGCUACGUGCAUUUGUAACACUAAUGUACAUCACAGAAUGUGCACCUGAUAAGUAUCGAGGUACUUUUCGUCUUGUACAAGACACCAAAGACUGCGAAAAAAUUUCAGGCUUUGCCUCCUCUGCAGUUAUCUUCUCUGACGUUAUUGGUCAGCUUAUCAUGUUCUCCGUUGGUUCACCAAGUGCCCUCGGAAAACAGAACACAUGGUUCAUCUUCCCAUUAGUCGUUAUCAUAAGUUCGAUAGUGAAUUUCGGCAUGGCUGCUCGACUACCAGAAUCUCCGAAAUGGCUAGUUCGACAAAAUCGGUUGGAAGAGGCGACACAAGCCAUAGAGUUUUAUCAAGGCGACAGCUGCAAUUUGAAUGAUGUUCUGACAUCUUACAUAAAGGAGAAGAAUUUGACACAAGAGGAUAAAAUCUCAUUUCGGCAGGUGUGGGAGAAUGACACAAUGCGUGAGGCGCUCAAAGUUCUUUGCUCCGUUUCUUUGUUCCUGAUUCUGGAUUCUGGAGCUGUUCAAGGAACUUAUACAAUUCUUCUACACACCACUGCUGGGUACACAGUUCAAGAAACUAUGAAUAUCAAAUUGAUUCUUACAAUCCUUUUCUUCCCAACUCGUUUCAUCGGAACUUAUCUUCUGGAUGCACUAGGAAGAAGACCAGUUAUGGCAAUUGCUGGAGUGAUAGUCUAUUCAAAAACUUGGCUCAUGCUUAUCACUCAAAUUAUCAUUUAUUUUGUUGGACCUUCUCUUCUUACUAAAAUUUUAUGUAAGUUAUCACUCAUCUAUCUUGUAACACAAAUGAUUCCAGAUCUUGGCGUAGAAGCGUUAUCCAAUUCAACGUUUGCGACCGGUGUAGCUUCUCUGGGUAUUCUAUUUAUUUCUGAACUUUUUCCACCGUCUGCAAGAACGACUGUUGCACAGGCUUUGAUUAUGGUCACAAUGAUAAUCGACCUUCCACUCAUCGCUUCUUUCCCAAUAGUUUAUGCAAUCUUUGGACCCGGCUAUUUCUUCAUCCAUAUUUUUACUCAAGUCUUCUUUGGAACAUAUUUGUAUAGACACAUGCCUGAAACCAAAGGACGAGCUGUAUAUGAUAUAAUUGAAGCCAUGGACCAAGACGUGGCGUCUAGAACUGCUACAUUUAUUGAAGAAAAAACUCCGCUCAUCCGGAAAAGGGUAAGUCUGUCAUUUCCGUCUGUUUUUCAAAUUACAUCAUAUUUUUUCAGUCCGCAACACUUGCCUUCAAACGAAACAGCAUACUCAACACUUCUCGGACACGGCAAAUUCGAAAUUUGCUGA